CAUUGUUAAAUUGCAGUUCUUUUCAACUGUGGAAUUUCUGAGAAGUAGCCAUGGAGGGAAAAAGUGCAAUCAAGAAAGACGUUACUGAAUUAAUAGGUAAUACCCCAAUGGUAUAUCUGAACAAUAUCAUCGAUGGUUGUAGAGCUCGAAUUGCUGCCAAGCUCGAGCUCAUGGGACCUUGCUGCAGUGUUAAAGACAGGAUUGCUUGUAGUAUGAUUAAAGAUGCACAAGACAAGGGCUUGAUUACUCCAGGGAAGAGUGUCCUCAUCGAGCCUACCAGUGGUAACACUGGUAUUGGAUUGGCUUCCAUUGGGGCGGCCAGGGGUUAUAAAGUUAUUGUCACAAUGCCAGCUUCUGUGAGCAUCGAAAGGAGAAUCAUUCUUCGAGCUUUUGGAGCCGAGGUAUACCUCACAAACCCAGCCAAGGGCUUUCUGGGGAUACUUGACAAGGCUAACGAGAUACUGAGGAACACACCCAAUGGUCACAUGUUACUGCAAUCCGAUAACCCUGCCAAUCCACAGAUUCAUUAUGAAACCACCGGCCCGGAGAUAUGGAAAGUGUCGGAAGGGAAAGUUGAUGUACUGGUUGCAGGCAUAGGGACUGGUGGUACAAUAACAGGUGCAGGAAAGUUCCUCAAAGAGAAAAAAUCAGAUAUCAAGGUAUAUGGCGUAGAACCGGUCGAAAGUGCCAUCUUGAAUGGUGGAAAACCUGGCCCUCAUCUGAUACAAGGAAUUGGCGCUGGUGUAAUCUUUGAUGUUUUGGAUGUUGGCCUUCUUGAUGAAGUUAUCCAGGUAUCUAGUGAAGAAGCUAUUGAAACUGCUAAACAGAUGGCCCUGAAAGAAGGUUUGCUGGUUGGUAUAUCAUCCGGUGCUGCUACGGCGGCUGCAAUUAAGGUGGCAAAGAGGCCGGAAAAUGCAGGCAAAGUCAUAGUUGUAAUUUUACCCAGUGCCGGUGAACGUUACUUGUCGUCUGAAUUGUUUGAAUCCCUAAGGCAUGAAGCAGAAAACAUGCCCAUCCAUUGAUGACAUUAUUACUCUGGCCUUAUGCACUUAACCCU